ACUGAAGAUAAUAUGAAAUGUGUGGCACAACUGAACCUUAUCCCCUCUUUUUUUUCCGCGUUUUGUCUCUCCUCUCAGCUCUCCUCAAUUCUCAAUUUCUCAGUUUCUCAUCGGCCGUUCGACCUCAGGACCGUUGAAGACGUCGAAGCCAACGAACCACGGAACCAGGUGCCAGUGAGGUUGGUGACGGUGAACGAGUCGACGAUCUUGGGGAGGACGACGAGCCACUGAGCCAGUCGACUCGGACGAUUUGGGUUUGGGUUUAAAAGCCUGAAAGAGUGAGAAGAACUGAAGAAGAUGUGGGUUUUGUAAAGGAAAAUUAAUCAAGUGAAGAAAUGAAGAAUCUAUCGGUGAUUCCGGUGAAGAACUUUACUCUUUUGAUUUCUCAUUUCUGCUGAAGUUCAAAUUCUCCGGAAAGGUUGAGAUGAAGAUGAACGGUGCCGUCUCAGAUUGCAAAGGUGUAAGCCAGUAGGCCUUUCUAGCAAUUUUGUGGGAUUCUGGAAUUGAGAAAAUUGGAGAAGUCAAGCAGUGAACAAACUCAGAGUCUCAGACUAUACUUUGAGUUCAGGGAAUCAGGUUCUCUCCUUCAAAUUGAUUGGCUGAUUUGGCUCAUUUUGUUUGAAUUGUCUGGGGAUGUUGGUCAUGUUGCUUGAAUUGAUUUGCUAAAAUUUAGAAGCAUGCCUCCUAAAAGAAAAUAUUUAUCCGGAUAUGCAAAACGCUUAAAAAAGAAAAAAGAUGUAGAGUUGGUUAACUCUUUAAGGGGAAGUCUUGAUAGGUUCAUUACUAGGGAACCAGAAGAUUUGGGUGGACAUUUAGUUAAUGAAGAUGCAGAAGAGCACACUGAUGGGGAGGAUAAUGUGGAAGAGCAUAUUGAUAGGGAAGAUAAUGUGGAAGAGCCCACUGAUGGUAAUGUAGUUGCUGAUAAUUUGGGUCAUGAUGAAAAUGAAAAUGGUACAGGACAUAAUGAUAAUGUGAAUGAUGCUUCUGUGAAUAUUUUUGACCCAAGAAAUUGGGAUAGUUUGGAUAAAAAGUUGAUAGAUUUGUUGGUAGAGAAGGGUCCUCUUAGAGAUCUUUCAAUAGAAAAUGGUCCUCCAGACAAGUUCAAUAGACGUUUCAGUUCAAAAUUCUACACUCGGUUUUUAGGAAAUGGAGAGAAAUAUGAUAAAGAGUGGCUAGUGUACUCAAGGGAGCUUGAUAAGGUUUUUUGUUUUUGUUGCAAGUUGUUUAAGAGGGGGCCAAUGCGAGGUCAGUUACCAAAUGAUGGGUACAAUGAUUGGGAUCACCUUAGUAAAAGACUUAAGGAGCAUGAAAUGAGCACUGAUCAUCUCAUUAAUGCAAAUACUUGGACUGAUUUGCGUCUUAGAUUGCAGAGGCAUGAAACCAUUGAUAAAGCUUUUCAAGACCAGAUUAGGAAAGAGAAAGAACACUGGAGGAAUGUGCUGAAAAGAAUAAUUGCAAUUGUCAAAUUUCUUGCUAAAAAUAACUUAGCUUUCCGUGGAACUAAUGAGAGGCUUUAUGAACCUGAUAAUGGACACUUUUUGGGUCUAGUUGAAACGGUGGCAGAAUGUGAAGAAGUGAUGGAGGAGCAUUGUAGACGCAUAAAUAGUUCUGAAAUUCAUCAUCACUAUCUUGGUCAUAACAUUCAGAAUGAGUUGCUGCAUAUGAUAGCUAUUGAAAUCAAAGCUGAAAUCAUAAAAAAAAUUAAAGAUGCUGAAUAUUUCUCUGUUAUUCUUGAUCGCACACCAGAUAUUAGUCACCAAGAGCAGAUGUCAUUGAUACUUAGAUGUGUGAAUGCUUCAAAGAGUCCAAUACAAAUUGAAGAGUUCUUUGUGGAGUUAUUAAAUGUACAUGACACUUCUGGUCAGGGACUAUUUGAAGAGCUGCAGGCUGUGGUACAAUCAUUGGAUCUUGAUAUUAACAAUGUGAGGGGACAAGGAUAUGACAAUGGGUCAAAUAUGAAAGGUUCUACAAAGCGAUGGCAGGUUUUGAAGGACAACCUAAAAGGAUUCACUCUCAAAUCAUUAUCCACUACGCGUUGGGAGAGUCGUAUUGAAAGUGUUAAGCCUCUACGAUUCAACGCCGUUGAAAUAAGAGAAGCAUUACUUCAAUUGGCAGAAAUUGACAAGGAUCCCAAAAUUAAAAGUGGUGCAAAGGUUAGCAAAGUGCUGCAGUCUCAUGAUAUGCAAAUUAGUGUUGCUAUAGCUGAAGUAAAAGGUCUAAUUGCUUGGCUUGAUAAGUUUAGAGAAACUGGCUUCACAGAUGCAAUAAUUACUGCUAAAGAAAUUGCUGCUGCAUUAGAUGUUGAUCCUGUUUUUCCUGAAAAGCGUCAAAUUCAAAGAAAAAGAUUUUUUGAUGAAAGCGGCAGUAAGCCAUCUCCAUCAUCUUCAAGUGAGGAAUCUUUUAGACUACAUUAUUUCUUAUAUAUUAUAGAUCAAGCUAAGGGGUCAUUAAAUAGAAGGUUUGAACAAUACCAACGUUAUGAUGAUAUCUUUGGAUUUUUAUUCACUUCUGAAACUUUGAAUUCCUUAAAUGAUAAUGAUUUGAAAGCUGCUUGUAUUCAUCUUGAGACUGUUUUGAGAUAUGGAGAGAGUUCAGAUGUUGAUGGGGAAGACAUGUUUAGAGAGCUAAAACUCUUAAGGGAGAUAUUACCCAAACAGAAGAUGACAGCUAGUGAUAUAUUGAAUUUCUUACUGGAAAGGAAUACCUGCCCAGUUGUUAGACUUGCAUAUCGAAUAUUGUUAACUGUGCCUGUUACUGUUGCUUCAGCUGAGAGGAGUUUUUCCAAGUUAAAGUUAUUGAAGUCUUAUUUGCGAUCAACUAUGUCACAAGAAAGGCUAAAUGGACUUGCUUUGAUUUCGAUUGAGAAUGAAUAUCUUGGAAAAAUCAAUUGUGAUAAGCUAAUUGAUCAGUUUGCAGGGAAGAAGGCAAGGAGAUGGAUUUUCAAAUGA